AUGGACAAUGUCUCCAGUGCUUUCUGCAGCCGGCGUCUGAGGGCGCUGUGUCUGCGUUCUCGCGUCGCAGCGCGGGACAUUCUCUCCAAGCGCCUUCCCAGCGCCGCGCGCAUGCGGCCUGCGCCGGAGCGUCCAGGACAACGCGCAAUUCCUGCGCCCCCGGAAGUGGCGGUAACGCCCGGCCCUGCCCCCGGCAGAGGCGGAAGCGGUGUAGCCCUGAGAGGUCUCCCGUCGCCUCAGGCGUCUCAGCCCGGCGGCGCGCCUUGGCCCUUGGCUGCCUACUCCUACCGCCCCAGCCCCGGGCGGCCCUGGGCCUGCUGCGGGCGCGGCGCUGCCCGACCAGAGCUUCCUGUGGAACGUCCUCCAGAGGUGCGGGGUGGCACCUCCCGCCGCCCCGCAGACGCCCCCGACCCCUGUCCCGACCCCCGCGGCGACCCCAUCCCCUGCGCCAACCCCCGCGGCCGCCCCCAUCCCCUGCCGGGUCCCCCGCGGCCUCCCUCGUCCCCUGCCCGGUCUCCUGUGGCCGCCCCUGCCUCCUGCCCGGUCCCUGUCCUGUGCGUCGGGCCUUUCCCAAGGGUUGAUAAAGACAGGAGUGGAGUGAUAUCGGACACCGAGCUUCAGCAAGCUCUCUCCAACGGAUGAAGCCCCACCUGCCCUUCAGGAUGCCAGCCUUGGCAACAUUGUGAGACCCUGUUUCUACAAAAACUAAACAAGUGUAGUGGUGCACGCCUGCAGUCCCAGCUACUUGGCAGGCUGAGGUGGGAAGAUCACUUGGGCCUGGGAGGUUGAGGCUGCAUUGAGCUGAGAUCAAGCCACUGCACUCCAGCCUGGGAGACAGAGCGAAACCCCAUCUCAAACAAAGAAAGUGGAUGCGCGCUGCUCCUGCCAUUGGAUCGUCGCAGCAUUUUUCUUUUCUCUGAUGUGCGCCUUUUUCCUCACCGUGGGGGCUCAUGUUUUCGUAGUUCCCUCUCGCUACUAGAUUGUGAGCUGCGUGAAGGAAGGUUCAUAGUUGUGUUGUAUGUACAGGCACACAAAAUUUGUCCUUGGAUAGACACAUAUCAGUCCGCUUCCUUCUCCUCUCUGAAUUUCUUUAUUAAAAAAAAAAAAAUUAGAGAUGCAGUCUCACUGUCUUGCCUAGGCUGGUCUCAAACUCCUAGGCUCAAGUGAUCCUCCUGCCUCUACUAAUGUGAAUUAUUGGCCUAUACUAAUAUGAGUUCCUAUACUAAUAUGAUUGAAAUUAGUUUGACUUCUGUAGUAAUUGUUCUCCCAGAUUGGGCUUCUGUUUUGAUAGUAGAACUAAAUUAUUAGGCUAUUUCAAGAAAUUAAUAUAUUACUGGUAGAAAAAUUGAAGCUGCAAAAUGGCCUGGUUUCUCACUUCAGUUAAAUUUGUGCUUCUGAGUGCUUGUAUUCUAGGUGAAACCACACUGAGAAGGUAUUUGUGGCCCGUACGCUGAUUCAUUGAUUAGACUUCUUUGCACAGGAGAGCUGCUAAAAAUUACUGCAGUGAACAGGUACGAAGAAGAAGGCUGUUCUCUGCCCUUCUUUUUGCAAUAAAAUGUUACAAAC